AUGGUCUCAAACAUCUCAAAGGUUUCGAGUACUGGGCUGCUUACUGAGAAUACGCCGACAGUUAUGCAGAACGAAAAUCUCCAAAUCAUAAAUAUCUCGGAAAUUCGUGAUUUCUCCGAAGAUGCUUUUGUGGAGCUUCACGUUGAGCUUUCGUCGGGAAGAUCACUGGCGCUCAGGAGGAGUUUGAAGGACUCUUCUCUCUUCUAUAUCAAUAGGGAAUCUGCGGAAAAGGAGGAGUUCUUCAUGAGCAUUGCGAACGACUACAAAACUCCCCAAACUGUGGUCCUUGAUGGCGGUAAUGUUGUACUGAUGAGGAAAUUUACUGCUGAGCAUUGGCUUUCUUGGGUGAAGAACAGUCUGGAUCUCGUUGAUAGUCUGGAUAGAGCUUUUGGGCAGGUUCUGGAUGUCAGUGAGCGGGAGAAGCGUCGAGCUGCUUCGUCUCUUGACCAAAUAGCAGACAAUCUCAAGCAUAUGGGGAAGUGCAUAGAAAUUGAAAAGCAAAUGUUGACUCUGAAGGCUAUCAAAGCAGAGAGGGAGUUUUCGGGACUCAAGGACUAUCUGAAACAUCAGAAUUUUGAGCAUCGUCAGUUGCUGCAGAUUGGGAGACUGAAUGAGAAGAAGAUACAGCUGUUUCGCACUCAUAAAAUGAUAAUGAUGAAGGAUAUUGGUUAUGAGAAUAUCAGGAAAUCCGUGGCAGAAGUGCGAAAAGUCAUGAGUGAGCAUUUCUCCUUGGAAGAGAGGAAUGAUGGUGACGAGAUUGAAGAGCUAAAGAGCUGCCUAGAAGAUAUAAAGUCUUAUGUAACGUCUGGCAUUCAGGAAUUUCUCGUAAAUAGAAUUAUCCCAGACAAGGAGUCCAAGCAUUGUAAAAGGAAGUUUCUCGAAAUUUGUCUGCAAUUCUCACGCAUCAAGUCCCAUUUGGAAGAAAUUGAUGGCCUCAACGACUAUCAAGAGUUGGAAACAUGUCUAACUAAGAGGAUUACGGACUUAGAGCAAGAUUUGAGCAGGUGCGAAACUAACAUGGAACAUAUUUGGAGGUUUUUGCAUAAUGAUAUUCACGAAUGCAAGAAAGAUUUGAGGGUAUUUGAGGAGCACCGAAAGAAAAUCAAAGCUAAAGAGGCGACAAUCAAUAAUAAAUUGGACAUUCACUAUGGGUUGCACUUGACAUUACUGAUGAAAGACAUGAAGGAAGACCUGCUAUGGGAUGAAAUGAUCUUCUUCGAGACACAUAUGGACAUUGAUAGAGAAAUUCUGGACGGUGUUGCGUUCAUUGACAGUCUUGUUGAUCAUCUUAAGGAUAAUGAUGAGCUUCCUUUCGCAGCGGAGAAUUACAUUGGUCCACUGUACAAGUAUUUCAAGUACACUUCAGAUACCAAUGAGGCGUUCCUUUUGAAGUUUUCCCAUAUCCUCAAGCCUCUGUACACCACAAUUCUUGUAAAGACUGCUCAUGAUGCGAAGGAACUGCUAGAUUUGGCCAAAGAUAGACUGAUGAGUGGACUCAUAAGACUCGACAUCUUGGCUUUGGAGAUGCUGCAAGAGACCAAUCCAUUUGAUAUUCAAGACAUGAUUCCUGGGCAUGUGAAUUUGUAUGAUAAUCUCGUGGAAAGCCCAGUCAAGGAUGUAUUGAAGAGAAUCCUGAUGACGAAGGUCUACAGCGAGACAUCUGAAAGAUAUCCUGGAGUGACUGUGGUCAAUCAGGAGGGCGAUUUUGUAGAUGAAAGAGGCGCAAUUGGAGGAGGAAGCUAUAUCAAUGGGGUGUCAAAGUUAGAUGAGUACAUAAAAAGGUACUUGAAUGCUAGAUAUCUUAUUCAGAAUAUCAGAGAGGAGAAGCAAAGCAUUAUGGAGAACAUUGAAAUAUCUUCACGCGAAUUGGACAGAGAUCGAUUGGAGCUAGAAGCGAUUCUUCCCAGCGUAAAAUGCACACGGGAAAUUAUCCAAGGCUUGUCCGCCCUGCAUAACAAUUGCAAAGAUGUCCUGCACACAAAGAAAGUUCUCCAGAAGACCGUGGAUGAAUUAGUAGUCAUCAAGCAUGGCAUGGUGCUGGUCAGGGAGAAGAAACUCGACUCAAAGCAGUCCUACGAAAAGAAGCUCGACGAAAUAAUGGAAAAGGCACUUUGUCAGGAGGAUUCUCUAGAUAAAGAUCAUUUCACAUUCAUUGGAAAGUUGUACAGUGAUAUUGAUCGUCUUGAUGAGCUGAUCAAGAAGAUAGAGUUCAAUUGCUACGAUAGUGUCGGCACUACAUUUCUGUGCAAUCUCAUGACGCCAAUGGUAGACGAUGAUUUUCAGGCAGAGUGCAAUACUGAAAAGUUGCAUGAGUUGGAGGAGAAUUUUGAAGCGCUCAAUGUUGAAGUUUUGAAAGUGAGGGAAGAUAUCAGAGAAACUGAAAAACAGAAAAAUUUCCAGAAGAUGAACGUUUAUAAAACAGCUGAAUUGCUGAAGAAAUGCGAGGUGAUACAGCAUAAGCAAAUGCCAAUUGAGAGCAGGGUCAAAGAGACAUACGCUAAUCGAUCGCGCACGCAAAUUGAUGAGGAACUGUCGAGGGAGUGUCACAAGUUCACAGAUUUGACUGGACAUUCCCAUGUUCACAGAGUUCAUGAAAAAGUGAAGGCAGAUAUAAAGAAUUGGAACAGUCGCUAUAAGUGUCUCACCAGGAAGCUGAUUAACUUGAGUGGCGCGACAAGUAAUGAGACUUUGCUGAUCUGUGAUCAUCAAUUCUCACUGCAGCAGCUGAAAGAGCUUCUGACCAUUCUCAGGAGCAUCAAAUUCACCCGAAAUAGCAUUUCAUAUUACUUCGCGUUUCUUCUUGAGAAGAGCAAUGGACACUGGAUUGAUUGCUCUUCUGAGUCUACAAAGAUCUAUGCACUUCAGGGCAUCACAGGACUCAAGUGGAUUGUGCGGGCAGAUGAGGAUGUGACCGAGUUUGAAGAGGUCUCCUGGAAAGAGCAAGAUUUAUGCUCUCUGGCAAUAAAUUUUGCCAUGUGCGCUAUAAAUGAUACGUCAACAUUUGUAAUUGAUCUCAAUGACAUCAGAAAAUCAUCACAGUGCACCGAAGAAGAUCUCACAAGUCUACUUUACAGCAUAAUUAAUCACCAUCAGGCCAUAAUCAUUUCCCAACAGCCAAUAAUCAAUGAUAUGUUUCGCAAUAUCUCUGUGGAAUAA